ACUAAAGAAGAAAAUGCAUCACAUUCCACCAUUGCAUCAAGAAAUAGUGAAACUAUUGAUUCUGUAAGCAAUUGAAUCAUAGAAAAUGGAGGAAAUAUCUGAAGGGUCAACAGUUUUGCCCCAAGAAGUCAUCUUUGAAAUUCUCUUGAGAGUACCUGUCAAAUCUCUCUUGAAAUUCAAGUGUGUUUCAAAAUCAUGGCUUUCUUUACUCUCAACUCCUCUAUUCACCAAAACCCAUGUCAAAUUUUCCUUACAUAAUCCCCAAAUGACUGAUUAUAGACUUGCUGUGGUAGCCACUAUUUCUGGUUUGGGUAGAUUCUGCCAUGUUUACAGCAUGGGGUCUGAAAAUACAUGUGUUACAAUGGUUAAACUCAAUUGUUUUACUAAAUCUUUACCCCUCUCGAGUUGGAUUUUGGGUUCUUGUAAUGGGUUAAUUUGUUUAAGUAGUGACUCAUUUACAUUAAUGCUAUUGAACCCAUGUACUGGAAAGUUUAAUGUGUUUCCUGAUUUAAUGCUUCGGAAUAAAGGCGGCAGUGGUGGUGGUGGUUGUUAUAUUAGAUAUGGAUUUGGUUAUGAUGCAUCUGUUGAAGAUUAUAAGGUUGUGAAGAUCUUAAGUUUUGCUCAAAUUGAGGGUAGAUAUGAGAAUAUGGUUAAUGUUUAUAGCUUAAAGGCUAAAUCUUGGACAACUAUUCAGGGUUUCAAUAGUAGUUAUAUAAAAGCAAAGCUGGGCAUGUUUGCAAAUGGGAUUCUUCACUGGCAAGCGUGCUAUAACCAUGGUUUGGGUGCUGUUUGGGAGAUUGUUACCUUUGAUUUGGCUGCAGAGAUAUAUGGAAAAAUAGCACUGCCUAGUUAUGAAAAUGAAGGUGUUUAUUGGACAUUAGGUGUUUCAAGAGGGUAUUUAGUUGCUUGUUGUAACUAUGAAAGGAAUAGGGCGGAUAUGUGGGUGAUGAAGGAGUAUGGUGUCGAGAAAUCUUGGACUAAAUUGGUUACCAUCUCAUCACCCGUUGAUGGUAGGGCUUAUAUCUCUCCGUUGUUUGUAGCAGAGAACGGUGAUGAAGUUCUGGUGCAGCAUGGGGAAGAGCUAGAACUGUAUAAUUCAAGGGAGGGUUCGUUAAAUCUAUUCAAAGAUUUUCCGUCGGGUGACUUUCGUCAAGUUCAAGUGGCCGCCUACCUUGAGAGCCUUGCUUCACCUCAUAUUUAGUGAUGUGAUGACAUGUUAAAUAGUAAAGGCAAAGAUAUUAAGAGAGCAUAAAAAGUCUCUCUCAUAUUUAUUGAUAACAUUGUGUUUUUGUCAUUGUGUUCUUUUUCAUUCUUCCUUAUCGUAUACGGUGCAUGGUACUUCAGCAACAUUGAAAUGCUAUUGUUAUCAUGCUCAGUUAACUUC